UAUCUCCAUCUAAACCAUAUAUCAUUAUACCUUUCUCAAACUAUAUACACACCAUCAUAACUCCUAAGUAUAAUAUGUCUUCCAAUAAUAUUUUCAUGAUGAGCUUCAUUCUUUGCCCUAUGAUCAUGUUUAUGUUGUCAGCUGCAGCAACACCAACUACUACAUCUUUCAAUGUAUUGUUAGGUUUUGGGGCGAAACCUGACGGCAUAACAGACUCUACUGAUUCAUUCCUACGUGCAUGGGAAGCUGCAUGUGCCUCUACAGACGACGCUCUCAUAUAUGUUCCCAAGGGUAGGUAUUUGGUUCGUCCGCUCGCCUUUAAAGGUCCAUGCAAAAGCCUCCAUAUCACCGUCCGAAUCGAUGGUACACUCGUUGCCCCAGAGGACUAUCAAGUGUUGGGUGGUGCUGAGAAUUGGCUUAACUUCCAAAGAGUUAGCGGUGUUUCUAUUGUUGGUGGUGCAUUUGAUGCUAGAGGCCCUGCCUUGUGGGCUUGUAAGGCCAAUCCAGCCAACAAUUGUCCUUCUGGAGCCACGACUUUGAGCAUUACAUACUCCAAAGAUAUAAAAAUUAUCGGAUUGAUGUCGUUGAACAGUCAAAUGUUUCACAUUGUGAUAAAUCAUUGUGAGAAUGUGGAAAUGAGAGGAGUAAAGAUAAUAGCCCAUGGCGACAGCCCCAACACCGAUGGCAUCCAUGUUCAACUCUCCAAAAAUGUUGUCAUCUUUAACUCCGUCGUGGGAACUGGAGACGAUUGUGUUUCCAUCGGUCCUGGAACUCAAAAUCUUUGGAUUGAACGCAUGACUUGUGGUCCUGGUCAUGGCAUUAGCAUCGGAAGUCUAGCUAAAAACAUGGAAGAGGAGGGUGUCCAAAAUGUAACAGUGAAGCAAAUUAUUUUCACAGGCACUCAAAAUGGGAUUAGGAUCAAAUCAUGGGCUAAACUUAGCAAUGGCUUCGUUGAAAGUGUUCAUUUCUCGAACAUUGUCAUGAGAAACGUUCAAAAUCCAAUCAUAAUUGAUCAAAACUAUUGCCCUAGCCACAUCAAUUGCCCAACUGAAGUUUCCAGCAUAAAGAUCAACAACAUUACUUACAAAAAUAUAAAAGGAACAUCUGCAACAUUAGUAGCUACAAAGUUCGAUUGUAGCUCGGGAUAUCCAUGCAAUGGCAUCAGAUUAGAGGAUAUUAACUUAACUUUUCGAAACAAAUCAGCUCAAUCCUUUUGUGCCAAUGCAAAUGGAAAAUCUUUUGGCUCAGUUCUACCUGAUAGUUGUUUAUCAAAUUCAGGAAUAUAAUUACUUUAAUUCCUUUUCUUUGUAUAAUUAAUUAUUUUAUUAUUUGUUGUAAUUUUGUAUAUCAUUUAUUAUAUUCUUUUUUAUUUAAACCACUAUUAUUUAAUUUAUUAAUUGUUAUUUCUAUUCUUUCUAUAUAAAUUCAAUUCUUAUCCCAAUUUGAUGACUACAUUCACAUGUUUAAUAUAUGCAGUUAUAAAUUCAAGAUAUUAUUUCGGACUUAUUAAUUGAAAAACUAA